CGGAGUUUAGAGGCCUGGGAGUCUCGGCCCUGUGCCUAGGUCUUGCCGGAGUCUUUUCCGGAUGGCCUAGCAGCCCCGCUUACCUAAUCCACUACCCUCUGUCUGUCUUUUGUUCUGCGAGACGCCCCCGGGAGCCCAGGCAAUGGGCUGUGGGAGGGUCCAUGCUAGAACGCAAUCUCCUUGGCCUAGCCGCCAGCGCACACUUCUGCGGCCUUGGCUAGCUCUCCACCGCGCUACAGCUUCUCGGAAACAAAGGUAUCCCAUGUCUCUCCCUGUCCCUUCCAUCUGUUUCCGCAUUCUCUGUCUCGAAAUUCCACUUAGGGCUGCAAAAUACGAAUAUGUCUUCGCCCCGGCUGGGAAGCAAGAUUUGCUGGGCUCUACCAAAUAGCCCUUCUCAUAAUUAAAGACCCACGAGGUUUCCAAAGCACCUCUACAGUUUCCACAGUGCUCAGACCCCUCCUCCUCUCUUUUCUCUCUCCUCCUCUUCCCCCCCUCUCCUGUCUCCUCCCCCCCCCCAAUCCUGUGCGCGCCUGUGCGCGCCCUUGUUCGUACGUUAUUUUUCAUUUCUACCAUUAGGAACCCCACUCAGAGACACUGCGAACUCAGAAGAGGCUAGGGCCUUAUUUCCCACGGAUUCCCGUCUCUCCGGAAACACUGACAGCGUAUACAAUGAAGGAUAUUAUACUGGAGAGACCAAUAAUCCCCACGAAAUGAGAAAUGGAGGAAAAACGGCAAAGGUGGGAGUCCUGGAAGAGGCCUUAACAGGGAAAUAGGAUCUGCGGCCGGCUACAGGGUCCUAGUCCCCUCGCUUCAGCACCGGAGGGGGAUGGACAGCGUUUCCCAACAGGGCGGCAGCCUUGGGGACCUAGCUGUGCUGCUGUUGGCCGCCUCUACUGCUGUUCUUGAGGCCACUGUCAUGAACAAGAGCUCUUGGCAGCUAAAAGGCGAUGCCGCCGGUUCCCUUUGAUGGAUGAAAAUCAGCCCUCUUCAUUCUUCUGUCAUUAAUAGAAACCCGGCCUCACGGACUUAAACUCUGGGCAGCAACUUCAGAAAUAAUUUUAUGUGCGGGACUGGAAGGAAUGCAGGCGAAAGAGUGGAGUUGAAUUUCUCAGAAACACCAAGGAACCAUGAGCGUUGCAGUAGGAGUUGAAAUACUCAAAGGCCCACAGUUCUUUAAUUAACAACUUCCCUGACUGGAUUGCAGCUGUUGUGGAGAUAGCUUUUUGAGAGGUUGGAGAUACUAAACCCCAAUAUUAGAGAAGCUGAAAAGACUUCAAUUCCUCUGUUCAGCAGGGCAAAGGGAUUUAUUAAGGAAGGAAAAUUUACAAGAUAGAACAGAGGAAGUGUCGCAUGGUUCUGGAAAGAUGAGGCAUGAGGAGUUGAAGAGGAAGAAGAGACAGCAAGAAUGUUUACAUAGAGGCUGGAGACUUUAGGUACUGGGAUAAACUGAAUCACAGAAGAGAAGAACAAAAACAACAACAAUGAAAAAGCCCCUGAUUUUCCACAAUGGAAUCCUCUGAAAGGAUCAAAAACUUCUAAUCUGCUCUCCAGGAUGUUGAGAUUGCCUAAGAAUUAACCCUGCAAAGGAAAAAUACCACUAUAGCUAAAUUCAAACCACAUCCUUCACAGUACCACAGCACAUGGAUUUCAGAACUACGUGUGAGGAGACAAAGACAGGGGUUUGCUUGCUUCAAGAUGGUAAUCAGGAACCCUUUAAAGUCCGGCUGCACCUUGCCAGAGACCUGCUGAUGCUACAGGAGCAAGAUGUGCUUUGUGUGUCUGGUGAGCCUUUCUAUUCUGGGGAAAGAACGGUGACGAUCAGAAGGCAGACAGUAGGAGGAUUUGGAUUAAGCAUAAAGGGAGGUGCAGAACAUAGCAUUCCAGUUGUCAUUUCCAAAAUCUCCAAGGAACAAAGAGAUCCAACUAUUCAUCCCCAAAGUGUAUCACCUGAAGAGUCAACCAUGCUACAGUGGAAAACCACACAUCCAAGAAUAUUUGCGGAGCUGUCAGGACUGCUAUUCAUCGGAGAUGCAAUUCUACAGAUAAAUGGAAUUAAUGUGAGGAAAUGCAGACAUGAAGAAGUGGUUCAGGUUCUUCGGAAUGCUGGGGAGGAAGUGACCCUGACAGUGUCAUUUCUAAAAAGAGCACCUGCUUUCCUCAAACUCCCACUGAAUGAAGACUGUUCAUGUGCUCCAAGUGACCAAAGCAGUGGUACCUCUUCUCCUCUUUGUGACAGUGGCUUGCACCUCAACUACCAUCCAAACAACACAGAUACCCUUUCCUGCUCAUCGUGGCCCACAUCUCCAGGACUGCGGUGGGAGAAGAGGUGGUGUGACCUCAGGCUCAUUCCCCUACUGCAUGCCCGCUUCUCCCAGUACCUGCCUGGAACUGACCUGACUCGGCCAAACGCUUUCCAAGUUGUUGCUGUGGAUGGAGUCUGCAGUGGAAUUAUUCAAUGCCUUUCUGCUGAAGACUGCAUGGAUUGGCUCCAAGCAAUAGCAGCUAACAUUUCAAACCUCACAAAGCACAAUAUCAAAAAAAUCAACAGAAAUUUCCCUGUAAACCAGCAGAUAGUCUACAUGGGCUGGUGUGAAGCACGGGAGCAGGAAAUCCUCCAGGACCGUGUGUACACACCUGUCUUUCUUGCCUUGAGGGGCUCAUGUCUUUACAGGUUCCCAUCACCUCCAGUGACCACCUGGGAUUGGACACGAGCAGAGAAAACUUUCUCCAUAUGUGAGAUCAUGUGCAAGGUUCUCAAGGACAGUGACUUGCUGGAUCGGCGGAAACAUUGCUUUACUAUGCAGUCUGAAUGUGGGGAGGAUCUAUACUUCUCUGUGGAGUUAGAAAGUGACCUUGCCCAAUGGGAACGAGCCUUCCAAACAGCCACCUUCUUAGAAGUGGAGCGGAUACAGUGCAAGACCUAUGCAUGUGUGCUAGAGAGUCACCUAAUGGGCCUCACUAUUGACUUCAGCACAGGCUUCAUCUGCUAUGAUGCAGCAACAAAGGCUGUACUAUGGAGGUAUAAAUUUUCUCAACUUAAAGGCUCCUCAGAUGAUGGCAAAAGCAAAAUCAAAUUUUUGUUUCAGAAUCCAGAUACUAAACAAAUUGAAGCAAAGGAGUUGGAAUUUUCAAAUUUAUUUUCUGUUCUUCACUGUAUUCAUUCAUUUUUUGCUGCCAAAGUAGCUUGUUUGGACCCUCUAUUUUUAGGUAAUAAGGCUGCUGCUUCUACUGCUGCCAGCUCUGCUUCUACAAGCAAAGCAAAGCAUGUGGCUUAACAUGCUGAGUUCUACCGUAGAGUCCUCAGGGUCACUCCUCACUUCCACCCUGGGGAUACCACACUUUCACCAAGUCAACAGUGAAUGAAGUAAGACUACAACCCCAGCAGAAGAAGGUCAGGAAGAUUCUGCAGCAUAUCUUACCCUGUAAGGCAUCUGCAAACAAUGCUGGAUAGGCAGAGCAGCCUAUUCUUUCUCCUCUGAUCUUUAUCAGGACAUAGAUGACCAUAUGUAUGGUUACAAAUGUUUGGUGUAGAGUAUGUAAAUAACAUAAAGUUGUAAGCUACCUAUAAAUAAAAAUGCCAGUUAAAUGGUUAUUUCUCUAUUUUAGAUUAUUUUGUAUGACAAAUGCAUAGUGGGCCAAAAUCAUGAACCAAUGCCAUAUCAUUGUAUUAAGAGUGUAAAGAAGUUUAAAAAAAAAAGUGAAAGCAAGGCAAGUAGCGUGCAAAAAAAAAUAAUGAAGUUAAGACAUCAAAAACAGAAGUACCUUAACUUAUCCAUAUGAGUUACUCCCUGUGUUCCCAUCCUAUGGUUCCACAUGAGCACUCCAGUUCUGUUUACCUGAUUUUAAAUAUUAUGCAGAAUAAACAAAGACAAUUACAUUGGCCUGUGAUAACACACUAGGAAAUUAAACAUUUUUUCUUGGGUGAAUGUUACAAAAAUAUUUUAUAUUAGCAAAUGGUACUAGUCAUGAAUGACCAAAAUACUCAUGACUCUCCUGUUCUUCAUUUAAAUACAUUUAUUCUUAUUUUUUGCCUAAUGAGAUUUAUGAACAAACUAAACUUUCAUAAAUUUAAGUGAACCAAAACUCUUGCAAAGAAAAUCAUAUCAACAAAUCCUAUGUAAGAAAUAAGACUUUGCAAUCCUUUUCUAUUUAAUCAAGAAUUGAAAAGUUGCUGAAAAGUAGCCACAGACCUUUUGAGAGCUGGUGAUGUUAUUAUUUGAGUAUAUUUGUGAGUAAAUUAAGUGAGAUUUAAAAACAAAAUUCAAAAUAUAUGCCAUAGAAUGCCAUGGAGAGUGAUCAAGUAGUUUCAAAUGAUUAGGCCACUGUAGUUAGCUUGUGUUAGCAUUAGAAAAGUGAAAGGACAGAAAUUUGCAGUGUGGAGGUAUAUAAUCUCAGCUUAGAAUCUGAUCUUGGUAGUCAUACAAAGCAGGAAGCAUUCUCUGGUCCUCAUCUAAGGCUCUCUAGGUGUCUUUUUUUAAACAACUGGCUACUUAUUGAAAGGUAAAUAAAAAGUAUAUUUUUACUUGUACACAUUACAAUUGAACAUUUUUCUAUCCCUUUUUAAAUGACCAAGUUUCUAAUAGGCAGUUCAAUAUUGUUUCCUUAAAUAUAAGAAAAUCCCACAUAAGACUUGAGAAGAAAACAAAAGUAUUUGUAUAGAGGAACAUAUGUCCAUGAAAGUAAAGUCAACAAGUAGUAAGCAAUUUUCAUAAUCAUUAGAAAUAUUGAUUAAUUUUGCAUCAGGUCAAGUGAAAUCUCAUAAUAAGAUCUGAAAAAUGUAAGGUUAGGUCUUAGAUGACUUUCCAGAGGAAUGGAAAAAUUAAUAAUAAAUGUUUACAAAUUCAGUCUUUAUAAUAAAUUUCAAUGCUUACUAUAUCCACCAAACAUAAAAGCUAUUGUAAAAUUUGAAUAUCACCAAAAUCUGUGUUCUGACUUUCUACCAUAAAGUCGAAAGAGUAAAGACUGACAAACCUUACUAUCUCUUCUGAAACCUCUGCUAUUGAGCAUGGAGCAGCCACAGGUUGGAUGACCUGUUCUGUAGUGCAUGUGAAAUGUGUCUGUCAUCUAAAAGUAAAAUAAAUUAGAAAUAGCCUGGGAUUUAAAACCAUACAGAGGUCUUCUGUAGUCAUUUAACAUAUUUUAGGGGACUGGAGAGAUGACUUAGUGGUUAAGGGCUAUUAUUGCUCUUUCAGAACUUGGGUUUGGUUCCAGCACCCAUACCGUGACUCACAACCAUCUGUAACUGAAACUCCAAGGGUUUUGAUGCCUUCUUUUGAAGUCAGUAGCUAAACAUGCGUGUGUUACAUAGACAUACAUACACCACAUUUUUAAAAAAGUAGAUUUUACAAAGUUCAUUUAAACAUGCAAAAAUGUCCUUUUUGUUGUUACAUCAAAUAUUCUACCAGUGCUCACAUUGAAGAAAACAGCAAAUGUACGAGAUGAAAUCUCUGAGUACAGACACAUAAAUGUAUAGAGACAAGUAUAAAAUGCUGAGAUUAAUUAUAAUGAAAGAAAAUGUUUCACAUACAUAUAUAGCAUAAUUUGAAUUCAGCAAUAAAGUGUUGCUUGAAUUAAAACAUAUUGAAACAACCUUAGUAUUGUUACUUUUUAUAACAUUGAUUAAAAUAGCACCAUGCUGAAAUUGUUGUUUAACACGAUUAGUGGCCCAAGCAGCAAUUAGGAAAAUUCUGUUCUGAUUUUCAUCAGUUUAACAGGUAGUGUUUUAUGCUUUCUUUAUACUGUUAUUAAGCAUUGUUAUUUGCUGUUGUGGCUUGGACUACUUGAAUGAGAAAGUCUGGAAAUUAAUCAAAACACAGAUUUCAGUUUCACAGCAACUUAGGUUCAGAUAUAGAAUUUUUUUUUCAAAAACCCGUUUGUGUAUUAAACACAUAUGAGAAUGCUUAAUGAUGUGUUAAUCCUCUAGUGCCUUGAUGGAUGUGUACUCAUAUAUAUGUAUUUGAGGAGAAAUUAAAGGGCAUAUUAAAGUGUACAAGCUUAAAGAGAAAUGUAGUUAUUGUGAGUUAGAAACAGGAGUUUAAAAUCAUUUGAAAACUGCUAAGAUAAGAAGGUCUUUUAUGUGAUAAAAAUAACAAAUCAACUGAACUGAAAUACAUUAAAGCAGGGGCAUUUGAAUUUCUUAUAGUGCAACUUCAAAAACACCUUAAUUGAUGGUUUAAGUACAAUAAAUCCCCAAUACUUCCCAUCUAAUCUUAUUUUUAAAGAGUGGGAUGAGCUAAUAAUUUCUCACCCAUAUUUCAGGCAUGAACUGACUUGUUUUAAAGCCACUGAUCAUAAAACUCACCCAGAAAGAAGAAAGACAAUUAAUGCCAAGUCAAUAUUGGCAGACAGAGAAAACAUUUCCAUAUAGACAGUGUGGUUUUCUUCUGGACACAUUAGCUGAUGAAUCCACAUAUCCCUUAUUUAUGGUGACAAAGAUUGUUCAUAGUAUUGUCCAUGUAGAAUGCUGACAUGAUUGAAGCUUGGUUUAUCACUGAAGAAAACUGAUUCUUAGCAAUCACUUUACUUCACUGUUUCAAACCAGAAGUGUGGAGAAGUGUUCCCAAUCUAAAGACAAGCUUAUACUUAACUCUGCAAGGUAAGUGUCCAUGUUCCAACUUAAUGAUAAACAUUUCACUCCUGUAGGUAUUGCUCAUGAGCUUAAGGACUCUCUUGAUGAGUAUCUCUACAAUCAUUGAUGAUAUUUUGUUCUGACUCCUUAAUACUUAAAUUCAUGUCACUUUAUAUUAUAGCUUACCCUUAAUGAUAAAUAAAAUAUUAUAAAUGUUAUAUAUUUUAUACA